AUGUCCAGGCGAAAAAGUUAUUAUUUAAGCCUGCAGGCAUCUGUUGAUAUCUGUGGGUAUCAAUACCAAAAGGGGGACAUCAAAGCUGGCCCUGCUCUAGAGGCUAAGUCGGAUCCCUCAGCUCUGUUUCAUGUUCCCACCAGCAACUGGGUGAGAGACAUCCCAGCUGCAGCAGGAGAUCCGCGGUGGCACUGGGGUUUGCCAGGGGGCGAUGGUGACAAGUACCCGUUACAAGUACCUGGGGAAGAGCGCACGGCUGUUCUGGGAAGCGGCGGGCGCCUGGAAGACGAGUGUGCACAGGCACCGCGCUACCGAGAAGGCGGCUCCGGGGAAGCGCUGCCGCCCGUGACGCUGCUUGGAAGAGCCGCUUGUGAGAAAAGGUGUCAGAUUGCUGAAACUAUCAACUUGCUUGUCGGAUUGUGUGCAUUGAAAGCACAAAGCUAUACAGAGGGCAGUGGCGGGUUUGGUUCUGAGGUCAUGGUUUGCGUUCAAGGAAACAUCUGGGCUACGGUUUGGAUGCUGCAGCAGCACAACGCCUGUGUUGGCACCUAUGACUUAAGGCCCCAACGCUGGAAUGAGGAGUGCAAGGCGCCUUGGUGCCAGCCUCGUUUCAGCCCUGCGAGGAGGGCUGCUCGCUCGGGUUACACGAGCGCUGCCGGAGGUGCCGUGACCUGCGUCGCUGAUGCACGGGGGCAGAGUGAGGCAGCACUGCAACUCAACUGGGACACAUUUCCCAGGCAUUCUCUCCAGAAGAAAAAUAAUAAAAGCGCAAAAGCGUUGCUCUUAGCCGACCCCGCUGCUCGCCCGCGGCAGAGCCCGCCACCGCCUGCAGCAAAAUUACUAAAGCCUGACGCAAGCAAAAUCUUGAAAAACAAUGCAGCGAAUUUCAAAGGGUGCAGGCAGCAAGACAGCAAGACAAACAGUGUGACUCAGUGGCCCUGGCCAGGGAGAAGGAGAAACGCGGGUCGGGGCGGAACCCGAGGUCGUCGGGUCGGCGACACCCCCGACCGGGGAGCUCGUGGGGGCUUCUUGCCUAGAGCCGGGGGCUUCGUCCCCUCGUGCUGGCUCCCCCGAAAUAUCCGCCUUGAGCCCCGCAGGGGUCCCGCUCUCCCGGGACCCGUCGUGUCUCUCUCUGAAGGGAAGCCGCUGCUCUGGAGCCCCUUCAUCCAGCGGCCGCUGCACAAGAGGAAAGGAGGCCAGGUCCGCUUCUCCAACGACCAGACCAUCGAGCUGGAGAAGAAGUUCGAGACGCAGAAAUACCUCUCACCGCCCGAGAGGAAGCGCCUGGCCAAGAUGCUGCAGCUCAGCGAGAGGCAGGUCAAAACGUGGUUUCAGAAUCGCAGGGCCAAAUGGAGGCGUCUAAAGCAGGAAAACCCGCAGGCCGCCAAAAAGGAGGAGGCCGAAGGCACAGACGGCGCUGCUGCCCAGAGGCCGGAAAGCUGCCCCAGCCCCGAGCGCAAGGGCCAGGAGGUGCCCCUGGACGGCUCGCAGUUCCCCCCCUCGCCCGCCUCUCACGAGGACCUGGAGUCCGAGCUCUCCGACGACUCCGACCAAGAAGUGGACAUCGAAGGCGACAAGGGCUACUACAACAACGCUGCCCACUGACGGCCCCGCGCCGGAGAGCGGACCCUGACUCGGCUUGCACUUUACCAGGGGCUGGCUUUGGAGAACAGGUUAUUGCAGGAGAAAACUUUCACCGUUCCCCUGAAAAAAA